CCAUUUCUUUCUUUCUUUAUUUUAAAACAAAAGUGUUGCAAACAAUAACUGAUACAACAAAAUUCAAUACCAAGACCAAACCCCAAUAAUAAAAGUGUUGAUAUCACCUCUUUCACAACCCCCUAAUAACUUUCCCAAUAUUUGACCCCUUCUCUAUCUCUUUCUCUUUCCCUUCUUUCUCUGCCAUGGAAGAUGAUGAGGCAUGCAUCACCAGUCUUAGCCUUGGACUAGGAAUGGGGAGCCAUGUCACCAAGAAGGAGAAGCAGAAACUCCCUUCUUUGGACCUAACGUUUCAGAUUUGUCCAAAGGGGGAGCAGACCAUUCACGUGGAUAAACAACGACAACAACAUCUUCUUCAUGAUGAUAAGGCAAAAGGGUUGUUAUGUUUGAAGCACCCCACGGAAAAUAACAGCCCUGAUAGCAGCAACAACAGCAGUAACGGCAGCAGAAAGAAACUGAAGCUUACCAAGGACCAGUCAGCCACCCUUGAGGAUAUUUUCAAGCUGCAUAGCACUCUUAAUCCCGCACAGAAGCAGGCACUUGCUGAUCAAUUGAAUUUAAAGCAUAGACAGGUUGAAGUUUGGUUUCAGAACAGAAGAGCAAGGACCAAGUUGAAGCAAACAGAGGUGGAUUGCGAGUUCCUGAAGAAAUGUUGUGAGAAACUAACGGAUGAGAAUCUGAGACUGAAGAAGGAAUUGCAAGAGCUGCGUGCACAAAAGAUUGGACCAAAACCAUUGUACAUUCAACUGUCGAAGGCCACAACCUUGAGCAUUUGUUCAUCGUGCGAGAAAGAAUUGAAGCCUAAUGAAGGGAAGAAAGGAGGCAUUUCCGAUGUGGUCCGAAACAGCAGCCAAAAAUUGCAGAACAGCGUAGGGGUAAAGGGCAUUUAGAGGGUAUAAGGAACUCAUAAUUUGAUGAAAGAUAAUUGGAAUGUCAGAAUCAAAUAUUGAUGAUUAAUCAGGAAAGAAGGAAAGUACACAUCCUCAGUCCCCACAUCGAAUAAUAUGUAUAGCCGUGUAGGACUGCGUGUGGUAUAGGCCAGCUAGCUCCAUAGUUAAGUUAACUUUCCGUCUCUUUCUAUUCAUUCAAAUACUUCAAAUUCAUCAAA